GCCAUCCACCCGCAACCACCUGCCCUGAUCUCAGCUCCGACGAGAAGCCAGCAAAGAAUCAAGAAGAGUCAGACGUCCAAGCCACCCUGGCGAACGAAUAAGUUGGCGGGAUGUACCGGUGGAGAAUCUACCGCAAAUGUUGCUUUGAGAUUGAUGUGGCAGCUGGUUGCCGGUAAAAUGAGCUUUGCGCCAUGGCGAACCCAUCCACGAGCUUGAGGUCAUCGUGCGCGGCUCCCGGUGGCUGUAAGCCUAAGCUCACCUGCCUCUGCUCGCCGACCAACCACCCGGGCUCCUUCCGCUGCAGUCGCCACCGGAGCCCGCUGUCGUCGUCAGGCCGCGUCUCGCAGCAGGUCGCGUCAACGUCGGGCGCAAGCGCGACGGGGCGCGGCGAGGGGAUCAUCAGGAGCAGCAGCGUCGGCUCGGGCGGCAGGACCGCCAAGGGCCGGUCCAUCCUGCGCGCGCACCUGCUGGGGCUGGUCAGCCCCCCGUCCUCCGGCGGCAACGACCACCGCCGCUGCCGCGACUUCAAGCCCCGACCGUCCAGGCUGGGCCGCCUCGCCGUGACCGUGUGACCCGGUUGCUCGGCUUCGCAGACCGUACUAGGCUUAAGCUCACUAGUGGCGGACGGUGCGCCUCUUAUUUCGCGCGCACCGACGCAUGGAUCGGGUGCUACUCAUAGAACCAGUGCUUCUUUAGUACUGGUGGAGUGGUGAGGGACCUGUACACAAGUUCCCUGUAAUUCUUCCAGAGAAAUGGAACAGAGGAGUUUAUGCAUACCUGCGUCUUAAUUUGUGUGCUGUUCUGGUGGCAACUAUAAACACCAGUUCGACUGAUUCCUAACCAGAACUAUUCAGCCACACAAAGGUUUGUUUUAUCGGAUAUGCUAUAUGAGAAUUAGCAAAGUCUCAUCUAACUCCUACGCCAUGAUUUUACACAAAGUUUCAUGUGUUUUUUCUUUUCUUUUUAUGCUAAUGUCAUUAGUUGAUUCUCAUGUAGACGAGAGCUAGCCUCAGCCAUGUUUUAUUUUGUUUCGGUGCUGCUCAUCAAGGGAGCAGAUUUCUUGCUAUUAG